CGUAAAUCAACCCUGAAUCUGCUAAAAAAAUAAACGCAUAUUUGAGUCCAUUUGAUUUGGAUUUGACCUUGCGUUUUAUCGAUAGACGCUAUUUAGAAACAUUGCUACAACAGUAGGGAAAGUUGAGAGCAUCGAUGAUGAGAAGAACAUCGUCGGGAAUCAUUUGGCUUUGUUUGCUGAGCAGUGUUUGGUUGCCAUUUACCAAAGGAGCAUCAGAAUACAUCAUAAACGAGAAAUACGAUGCUAUUCUUGUGGACUGCGCCAUUGCAUUCCUUGUUUUGGCCAUAAUUUUUUUGGUUCUUCUGCUCAUUACAUCAGUGUUCAUUUACAGGAGGAUGGACGAUGGCGACGAGAGUUUGGGGAAUAAUAGGUAUCAGGUGUCUUAUCGAGACAGUGAACCUGGAAAUAUCAGAGACAUUACAAGUCCUUUUUAUGGCCAUAGCAUUUACACCCGCCGUACAACAACGAAUAUGUACCUGCCUGGUCGCGACAAUGCUUCAGUGAUUGGUGUAGACGGAAAACCAGUUAAGAAUAUGGCUUACGAAAACAAAGCGGCUGCUAUGGAAAUUGAAGGAAAGAGCUUCAGAGACUCUCCCCCAGCAGAAAAAGGCCAGAAGGACUCCAUGAUGAGCGAGAAAAGGAUUGGAGCGAUGGCAACUUUUGAGAAUGCUGCCUAUGGCAGUGUAGAGGAGAAACAGUCAAAGGAACAUACCUACGAAACCAUUCAUAACGUUAGCACCCAACGCUAUGCUACUACUCGUCUUUCGUUCCCAAAGAAAGUCACUUCAGAUCUGUAAAGGAAAACCGAAACACUAGUUAGGGAAAUAAAGUUUUCGUCAAGGAGCCGCUCUAGUUUAGCGGGUUGUAAAAAGUAAGCUCAUCCUAAAUUUCUUGAAAAAAAAAUGUAUAAAAUGAUGCAUUCCAAUAUUGGGUCAUGAUGAUUUUGUGUUCUGAUACUGAGCUUGUAUCAAAGAUGUUCACCUUGAGAGCAAGUUAGUGUUUUUAAGUAUGAAUUGUAUAUAACUUUAACAAAUACUCUAGAAACACCUAUCUAGCCUGUUCCAGGUGCUCUCUAUGUAAAACCAAGUGCUUAAACGGUGCAAUAGUCGUGGAAGAGAGAAAAAAAGUGAUUUUUAAUCCUCAACUCUUUUUAAACGUCUCGUAUAGCACUAAUCUAACUUAAAAGUAUAUGAGAAUCAUUACAGGAACAGACCAUUAUCAAGAGUUACGUUAAAAAAUUUUUUUUAUCCCGUCAAUGAAUUGAAAGGCACUAGCACAUUACAAUAUAGCAACUAUGCGAAGCUCUUCGGGAAAAAAAAAACUGCAAAAGUUUUCUGAGUUCAACAUUGUUAUUAUUCAAAUCCUUACUAUCGAUACGUUUGAGUCAAAAUUGAUAAAUCGAAAUUUUCACUAUUUUUAAUAAUGACAUUCGUCAAA